ACACAUUUGAUAUAAAUCCGUAUUUUUUCACGUUUUUAGAAUUUACAUACACGUGGUUAGUUAGUAAGAGUACAUAUUAAAAUGCUAAAAACCAGUCACGCAAAAUGUUUUAUAAUAUUUUUGUUUUUGGAAUUUUCUUUAAAUACCGGAUUUAAAACUAAAAAAGAAGAGCCACUUAUCUUUCAAAUAGGUGAAAAACUGCUUAAGCAUGAAGGAAUUUUAGAAGUCUUGAAGCCAGUUUUCAAAGUGUUAUUGAAAAAUUUGUUUGAAAGCGGAGAAGACGAUUUACUGAAACUGUUUGAUAAAGAUAAAGAACCACCCCUCAUAGAGUUAGCUGAAAAAUUAUUUGAUCAUGAAGGACUUUCAGAAGUCUUGAAACCAAUUUUGAAAAUAUUAUUGAAAACAUUGAUUGAAAAAGGAGAAGACGCUGUAUUGGAUCUGUUUGAUAAGGAUUCAAAAGAUGAUCCGUUAAGUUCACUAGUCGGUGAAUACCCUUCUCUUAAAAAAUUGUUCAAAGAAUUAUCUAAAGUGAUUGAAAAUGAAAACGAAAAUGUACAAAUUUCCGUACCGGUCGUGGUUGAAAAACAUUACCCACCAAAUUGGAGGGAUUAUUAUUAUACUAUAUUGGAGGAUCGUGGUAGAAACGUCGAAUGCCUUAUACCCGGAGAUUGUUACGAAACAUGCUUUUGGUGUUAAUAUGUUAAAAUUUCAAUAUUAUUAGUAUUUAUUCAAUAAAUUCCUCUACUUACAUUCAAUAUUUAAAUCAAAUUAUUUGUAUUUAUGGGAUUCCAUUCCAAAUAAAAACCAUUUUCAAAUACUGUAUUUGGAUGUGAGUUUUUUUGUUGUUGGGUUUUGGGUUUUGGACCUGCUUAAAAUGAAUGUUAGGUAUAAAUAAAUGGACCUGCCUGUUUUGCCAAUCAACUUCUCCACUUAAACAGGCGUGAAUUCCGGCUGGUGACUGGGUUUUACCUCCUCUGGUGUAUGGAGGAAGAGGAAACAGCAGACCACGUCAUCAGUGAGCGCCCAGCAUUUAUUCGAGUGGGGUUAAAACACUUGAGCAAGCCUCUUUGACACCUUGUCUAAUGACUUUCAAAGAUUCAGGUGCCUGAUUAGGUUUUCAAAGGUAGUUUUGCGUGAAUGUCCACCUAAUUAUGAUAAAUGUUAGGAUAGAGGCAAAUUCUUAUUCACUAAGAAAAUUGAAUAAAAGUUAUACCUAAAUCUGUUUUGGAAUUUGUUCAAAUUAACUUAACCUCACCUAUCUUAACCUAAUCAAUAAAUGGAUCCGUUCCUCGAUUAACAAUAUCAAAAGACAAGUUCCAGUUGAAUUGUAAAUGAAAGUUGAAUAAAUAAAAAUGGAAAUAACAAU